GGGGCUGUUGUUCUCUUGCGGCGGGACCGCCUCAGUCCGUUCGUCCCGAGAUCAGGACCUGUUCUGGUGGGGAGUGGGAGAUUAACUCUCCCUCUCUUGCGUCCCCAAAGCUGCGGCAGGAGCUGGAGCAAACACCCGGCGGUUGGUCUCCGAUGCCCUUCAGUGAGGAAGGGGCGUCCGGACCCUGGUGAGCGCAUCCCAGGACACCCCCUCGCCGACUCGGUGACUUCGCAGCCCCAGGCCCGCACACCCUAGCCUGGCUGCCAUGGCUGAAAAUGCAGAGGGGGACCUGAACUCCAACCUGCUCCACACCCACUACUAUACCGGGGACCCUCAGCUAGAUACGGCCAUCGGUCAGUGGCUCCGUUGGGAUAAGAACCCCAAAACAAAAGAGCAAAUUGAAAAUCUGUUAAGGAACGGGAUGAACAAGGAACUUCGAGAUCGCCUUUGUUGCCGGAUGACCUUUGGGACCGCAGGACUUCGUUCUGCCAUGGGAGCAGGGUUUUGCUAUAUUAAUGACCUUACAGUAAUACAGUCAACACAGGGAAUGUACAAAUACCUUGAAAGAUGUUUCUCAGACUUCAAGCAGAGAGGCUUUGUUGUUGGGUAUGACACCAGAGGUCAAGUAACUAGCAGCUGCAGCAGCCAGAGGCUUGCUAAACUCACUGCUGCAGUCUUGCUGGCUAAAGAUGUCCCUGUGUACCUUUUUUCAAGAUACGUUCCUACACCUUUUGUACCAUAUGCAGUUCAGGAGCUCAAAGCAGUUGCAGGUGUGAUGAUUACUGCAUCUCAUAACCGCAAAGAAGAUAAUGGAUACAAGGUUUAUUGGGAAACUGGAGCUCAGAUCACAUCUCCUCAUGAUAAAGAAAUUCUGAAAUGUAUAGAAGAAUGUGUGGAACCCUGGAAUGGUUCCUGGAAUGAUAACUUAGUGGAUACCAGCCCACUGAAGAGAGACCCUCUGCAGGACAUUUGUAAAAGAUACAUGGAAGAUCUGAAAAAGAUCUGUUUUCACAGGGAAAUAAACUCAAAGACCACCUUGAAAUUUGUUCAUACAUCUUUUCAUGGGGUUGGCCAUGACUAUGUACAGCUGGCUUUUCAAGUGUUUGGUUUUAAACCCCCAAUUCCAGUACCAGAGCAAAAAGAUCCUGAUCCAGACUUUUCUACUGUUAAGUGCCCAAAUCCUGAAGAAGGAGAAUCUGUGCUGGAACUUUCCCUGCGACUAGCAGAGAAAGAAAAUGCCCAGAUCGUCUUAGCCACAGACCCUGAUGCAGACCGACUGGCAGUGGCAGAAAUUGAGGAAAAUGGCCAUUGGAAAGUUUUCACAGGGAAUGAAUUGGCAGCUUUGUUUGGGUGGUGGAUGUUUGAUUGCUGGAAGAAAAAUAAAUCAAGAAAUGCUGAUGUGAAGAAUGUUUAUAUGUUAGCUACAACAGUCUCUUCUAAAAUUUUGAAGGCAAUUGCACUUAAAGAAGGAUUUCAUUUUGAAGAAACAUUACCAGGUUUUAAAUGGAUUGGAAGUAGGAUAAAAGACCUCCUGGAAAAUGGGAAAGAAGUCCUUUUUGCAUUUGAAGAGUCUAUUGGUUUUCUGUGUGGAACUUCUGUUCUGGAUAAAGAUGGGGUGAGCGCAGCAGUUGUUGUUGCUGAGAUGGCAUCUUACCUUGAAACCAAGAACAUAACAUUGAGACAGCAGCUGAUUAACGUUUAUGAAGAAUAUGGGUAUCAUAUUUCAAAAACGUCAUAUUUCUUAUGUUAUGAUCCACCUACCAUCAAAAGGAUAUUUGAAAGACUUCGUAAUUUUGAUGCUCCAAAAGAAUAUCCAAAAUUUUGCGGGGCAUUCACUAUAUUGCAUAUACGGGACAUUACCACUGGAUAUGAUAGCAGCCAGCCUAAUAAGAAAUCAGUGCUGCCUGUGAGUAAGAACAGCCAGAUGAUUACCUUUACUUUUCAAAAUGGUUGUGUUGCUACUCUUCGGACAAGCGGGACAGAACCAAAAAUAAAGUAUUAUGCAGAGAUGUGCGCAUCACCUGACCGGAGUAACACUACCUUAUUAGAAGAAGAACUGAAGAAACUCAUUGAAACUCUGAUUGAGAAUUUUCUUGAGCCCAAUAAGAAUGGACUGAUCUGGCGUUCUGCUUAGGUGUACACCGGUCCAUCUCAGUACUUUGCACUGGCGUAUGGAAUAGAACCACCAAGGACUCCAUGCGUGGAAUCUUGUGUUAGCAUUCUCUCUCUCAUCAGGCCAUUUUCUUCCCUUCUUUUUAGUCAACUAACUAAACACACUGUGUAAAUUUGAAAAUGAGAUGGUCUGGAGGGAAAUGAAUCACAUUUUUUCAUAAUCUUGAACAAAAGUCAUUACAUUAGAAGUAUUAUAGUAAUACAUCAUUCUUCCUUUAACAAAAACAUAACAAUACAAAAGUGAGUUUCCUUAUGAAAGUCUGAUAAAGCUUAGUUCUUUACUCUUGUAGUUGUGUAUCGCACGGUGUUAAAAGAAAAA